AUGGCCAUCCACCACUGGGUGGGGUACAACCGGUAUUCGCCACUAGUUGAACUCUACCACGCCUUCGCAAGACGCGUCGGAAAUGUCUCCCUCGAGGAGAUGAAUUUCCAGCGCGUCCUCGACGCUACGAAGCGCGACCCGCGCUAUGCAGAGGGAGCAGUGCAUGACCCCGACACGUCCAAUGUUCGAACCCGUGGGCUUAUCGGGGCUGGAAGCAUUCUCCUACGUUGUUACGUGAUGAUGCUAACAGACUUCAUGCAACUUCGUCAGAAGGCAGCACACCAUAUGACGAACAUAACGUUGGACCUUUCAAGCGCACUGGAAGAUUGCGUUAAGCUGAUUCGAUUGGCUGAAGAGAAUAAGUACAUUCGUGAGAGGGUUGAGGGCCACAUCUUCUAUGUGCAACUAGUAGCACUUACAAGAUUGGCUCACCCCUUCUCUGAAGAGACUCCCGCUAAUGGAUCAAACACGACGGAUCAGCUUGUGGAACAGGCGAGGGAACACGUCUUCCUGGCCGAGUCGUUGGUGGACUACUAUCCGACAGCAAAGCAUCUGCGUGAGGACUUAAAGCUUUCUCAAGGGAUGCUGCAGACUCCUCCCGUACACGAUCCCAACAAAGCCCACGAGAGACGCAGAGCGUGGAUAGCAACGGAAGCCAUGACCUAUGGCAAGGAUACCUGGUAUACUUGUAAGAACGGACACCCUUUCACCGCGGCGGGUCGCGGUGCCUCGGACCCUACGAGUAAGGCGACCACCGAGUGUCCGGAGUGCCGCAUCCCGAUCGGAGGCGGAUGCGAUGAGAAUUCGGAGAAUGACGAGAGCGAGGAAGAUCUGAUGUGA